ACGUAAUUGGUCUUUCACAAACACCGCAGUUCUUGCAGCUUAGUCUCCGUUAUUUAUAUUGAUCUUUGCUCUUAAAUGGUCCCUAUCAUUUAUCUUUAAGACCGCAUGACGCUAGUGUUGAUCAUAACAAUACAAAAUAUAUUCAUAUAGAAGACAUAUAGUCUGUGAUAACAAUCACCGUUAAUGUGGUAGUACGUUGCUCUCAGUUAUCAGUUUUACUAGAGUUGUUGGUUAUUAAACUGUUAAGGAUAUCUGUUUCAUCAAGGUAUUAGAACUAUAAUGGUAGCUGACAAUGUAAAUGGUGGUAACACAUAUACUCCAACUGUCGUGGCACAAAUCCGAUAUUUAUUGCAAUGGUUUGGCGAAUGGAGCGAAAUGGAACGUAGUGACUUCUUACCCGUUCUUGUGCAUGAAUUUGGGAACAAUAAUAGUUCUGUCAAUGGUCUUUUACCACUUCUGGAAAGCUUGUGCAAGGAAGAUAGUCGUCCACUGAGUUUGUUUAAGUGCCGUAUUAAACUAUUCACUGAGUGGGUACAAACAUGGUCAGAUAGUGACAAAGAAAAUUUCUUGAAUGGGAUCCGAUCAAUGGAUUUAGAUUUUGCUCAAUUAUAUGAACAAAAAGCAAUCACAAAUGAAAUUAAUAAUAAAGAGUAUUGUAAUGGUAUUAAUGGUGACCAUAAUUCUGAAGAAGAAUUGAUUGAAUAAAAACUCUGAUGUGCCGUGUAAACAUUCUGUGAUUUCAUAUGUACUUAAUUUAAGUUUAUCAAAACAAAUGUAUUUUUAAAGACUUAUUCUUAGAUUCAAAUAUUAUUUUAACUUAGCGAAUUACAAAUUAAGUUAAUGAGCUAAUAUUGCAUGUACCUUAGUAUCUAACAAACAUCAUAUAACGUUUUUAAUUUUUCCUUCAUAAAACUUUUAAAUUAGCUUCAACUUAUCUUUUUAUUUUUGAACAUAAUAAUUUAAAAAAAUUUAAUACUGGCUUUAUAAUUAUGUUUUAUCAGUUUUUAACAUUUAUUUUUAAUGGUUAAUUUAUAUUUCAUUUAAUUCAUGUUUAACUAAAUGUCGUCUUCUAUGUUGAUAAUAAUAUCCAGUGCUUAGAACUUUAUGCAUUUAUAAAAUUUAUUUAAA